AGAGGAGUCACAGACAUUUCAUUGCGCACACCUACUACCUACCGUAAAACAACAGGUCAGCAUGAGCACCAAGGAAUCGUAGCGACGAGCGCGGGAUACGGGAAUUUAAGAACGCAUGCCUAAAUCAGCCCGGGAUAACUCGCUGAUAAGCGGCUAACGGGUCACUUCUAGGGGAUAAUAGAUCGCCGACUGGUGUCCCGAAGAUCAUCAGAAAACUGGUCAACUCUCAUGGCAGCGCGGAAACUCGCAGCCCUCUUCGCCGCGGUCCUGCAACUUUGCUUAUGUCAGAAUAAAAAUACUCCCGAACUUUUGCCCGAAUUCUUAGCUCCCUUGGAAAAUCACACGGUGAUACAGGGUCGCGACGUCUUCUUCACCUGCGUCGUUAAUCAUCUGCAGUCGUACAAGGUAGCCUGGAUAAAAUCCGAUUCUCGAGCAAUUCUGGCAAUACACACGCACAUGGUGGCCCAUAACAACCGAUUGUCCGUCACGCACAACGGGCACAACACGUGGAAACUGCACGUGACGAAUGUUCAGAAGAACGACUCCGGUACUUACAUGUGCCAAGUUAACACCGAUCCGAUGCGCAGUCAGAUGGGAUAUAUGGAAGUGGUGAUACCGCCUGACAUAAUGGACGACGAAUCUGCAAAUGGUAUGGUCACCCACGAGGGUGGUAAUAUAAGAUUGCGAUGCGUCGCCACCGGGUCACCGGAACCCACCGUCACCUGGAGACGUGAGGACGGUCGCAACAUUAUUCUUCGGGAAGAAGGACAGAAACAAUCUGUGAAAACGUACGAAGGCGAGACGCUGGAACUAAUGGGGGUGCUUCGGCAAGAGAUGGGCACGUAUCUUUGCAUCGCCAGCAACAACGUGCCACCGACGGUCAGCAAACGUUACUCCGUCAAUGUUCACUUCGCGCCUGUUAUUAAAGUGACGAAUCAUAUGGUGGCUGCGCCGAUUAACAGCGACGUUGUGCUGCAAUGUUACGUCGAAGCGUCGCCGCGCGCUAUGAACACAUGGUACAGAAGCCCAGGCGAGAAACUGCUGCCCAGUGACAAAUACGUGAUGUCGGAGUACCCGCUGAACGAUUACUCCUGGCAAAUGAAUCUCACUGUCAAUUCCCUGGAACCGCGAGACUUCGGCCAGUACACGUGCUCGUCCGUCAACGCGCUCGGAAAAGCGGAAGGCAUAGUGCGAUUGCAAGUGCUGAAUCUGAGCGUGCCGACGACACCGACGACCCUACCGAAACAUACCGAUCUGAAACAACGGAAGAACAAGAACGUGAUGAAAAGCAACAAGAAGAAGAACAACAGUCACGGCAGGAAGGAGCACGCGAACAGUUUCGAAGACUCGGAUUCAGUCGGCAACGAGGACGAUUCUAGCACAACGCAGAUCAUGGGCGGAAGCACGCUCGAAGGCGGACACAGAACGGACAGGCCCCUCGUGCCCUCGUUGUCGCCGCCUUGGGUUAUUUUGAACGCCGCGACUCUCAGGCAUCCCUCGGUGUCCGCGAUCUUGCUGCUGCUUCUUUUGCCGACCACUCUUUAAACAACGGCAUCACGAACAACGAAGAAGUUGAAGAGGAACGAGAAGACGUGUGAUGGUCAUGAGAAACGCGGGGGGAUUACGGGGAUCCACGAGGAUUACGAGGAGAAUCCGCAAGCGAUCUUGAUGAUCAGGCUGGUAGAUUCAAAAAGCGCUUCGAUCUCGCGCGUGCGCACGCGCGCGCGCGGUGCAAAUGGAAGAAUUGAAAUCAAUUUUAACGCCGCGUUGAGAAAACGAUAAUUCUUGUUAAGGGGAGGUUCUAGUCAAAAGGCCCGAAAAUUAACGUAAUUUCAUAAUUUUAACGUUAAAAAAACAAUAAUAAAUAAUUUUUUUUUUUAAACGCUUCCUGAAGGCCCCCUAAAUUGAAUAAGCUUUAAUUUGAGUCAAGUCAAACAUCGAAAUCGGUUAAGUCGUCGAAGCGGAAUCGUGUGCGGCGCGCAAAAAAAAAAAGUUAUAAAAAAAAAAUAAUAAAAAAUAAAUAAAUUAUAUAGGUAAAUAUCCUUUUGGCUACACAUUUUCAAGACCCUAAGGAUGAAAAUAAAGCAAAAAAAAAAAAAAAUUUUUGUUUUCGAUUUUGACUAGAACCUCCUCUUAAUGUCACAAACAAGAGUUUUCAUCUUCAAAGCUUGUCUGUUCUAUAUAUACGCACCGGGUGUAUUUAAAGAUAAUAAUUGCGUCUACUCUAAAAGGAAAACGAUUUCUGAAUAUUAAUACAAUCCCCCGUCCUUCGGUCAUCAUUCGAUGUUGCCUUAUAAUGUUUUUUUGCGAUGUUGAAAACGCUCUCUCUCUCUCUCGCUCUCGCUCUCUUACGCGUCUCAAAUAUCGAUCGCGAAAUCCAAUACCUUUGUGUGAAGAGAGUAGAAAACCAAUCUCUUUAAGGGGAGAAAAGCUUUUGGUUUUCCGACGGAAUCUGACAUCGACUGGCUGGUCAUUAUCUUCAUCCCUUCCAUUAUCUAUAUAAAUUUCCUGCUUCUGCUCUUUAAUCCCAAUUUUAACGGGAGAAACACCAAUUUUUCGCCGCGUGCUUCGAUUUCGGAGUAGCCUUUGGUGAAAAUUGAUUACGAGUUACAAUAUUGGAACUUUUUUUACAGAAAUUUGGUCGCAGAUAUUACAUACAUACUGUGCACGUUCGGUGAGGAGAGGAGAUUUACACGAAAAUCGUUUAUAAUAAAGUAAUUUUCGACGUGUCUGGUCAAGUGCGAUAUCAUAUUUAUUUUCCCGCUAACGGCCAACGAAAUUUACAUUUCCCGCAAGCGAUAUCUUCGGACAGCAUUUGCGCCCCCCUCUCCCUCCCCCCCCGCGCGUGCGAAGCUAUUAUAAAUUCAGGAUAGAGAUUAAUGAAUGAACUUAGGAAAGCAAACAAAGGGAGUCUCAGUUUGGUUGUUCCUCCUCGUGGAUCUCCAUUAGUCGCCGAAAAGUAAUGCGAAAGGGACGCGCCGUGCGUACGCGACAAUCCUAUUCGGGUAAAAGGUCACACAGUCCCCCUCUGGCGAUAACUGUAAAUAUGAACGAAGGUACGAGGUAAAUUAGCGGUACAGGAGGGAUGUACGGAGGGAAGAGAAAAGCGACUCUGUUUUCCGAAUUUAUUUGCAGACCAAACGUGGUCUUUUCCAAGGCUUGAUUUUCGGUAACCGCUCGCGUUCAGGGAAUCGUUUUACUCUAAUAAAACUCGCUCGCAUCCAAGUGUUUCAAGCGUUAAUUGCAUGUUAAAUAAACAAAUUUAGUCGAGGUUUAAUUUUAUAAACUUCAUUUUCUAACUUUCUCGGCAAAUCCUUUGAGCGCAAUUGAAUCUCAUCGUCUCUUCGUUAAAUAUUUCCACAACAAUGUUCUUUUUUUUUUUUUUUUCAAAUUCGGUACUCGGAAACAGAGUUAAAUGAAGUUCAGGUAAUGAGAAGAGAAUGGGGGGGGGGAAAAGAAACAGGUCUUCCUCUUAUUUGAUAUAACAAGGACGUUACUUUUAGAUGCGAUAUGUAAUGUCUGCUGCAGCGCGCGACCAAAAAAAAAAAAAAAGACAACGGCGAAACUUUCGCGAUGGAGUCUCUGUAAAUAUGCGCGACACGGUGUCGGUACACGGGAUUCGAUCGGCGCGCGUGAGUUAGAGAGCACGCUCUCACACUCUCUUAUUCUCUCUCUCUCUCUCUCUCUUCUCGUUUUCUCGUUUUAGACGUGACCAGCGAUUAAUCGGAGUGUAGAUAAAAGAUCGGGAAAACAAGUUCGUGCAUCGCGUUCGACGCGGCGAAUACGGAAAACGGCAGACAACGUCGAUGUGAGAAUGUGUCGGAAUUGCGAAAUGAGUUCGCUGCCCCCGAGAACACAUCUCACAUGUUCGCGCGAAUCGUCGUGGGGUUGCAGACUUGUAUACUGUUUUUUCAGCAGACUGCGUGAAAUGCAAAAUAUACAAAAAGUUAAACAAGCAAUUAAAUUGAGAAGUAAUUAUUUCUCAAUAGAUGUUGCUUGUGGGAAAAAGUACUUUGUUUUUUAAUUAUUGAUAAUGUUUUACAUUUUUUUUUAUUUAUUACUUUAUAUCAUUGUUUCAGACAUUUUACGUUAUAUCGCAGCGAAACGCGACGCGCGAACUGUCUCUCAUUCGACAUAAAAAAAAAAAAUUCAUGCGACAAUGUUCACAUUAUUACUUAGAGUUGAAAUACGCGUAAUUGUGACACAAGUGUUCUCCAGGAUAUAAGUUCUUCCUUCCAUUCCAUCGUCCAUAAAAAAAAAAAAAAUGUAGUCUCUCUACGAAUAAUUGCGUACUACGUACAAUAUUGCAUUAAUUACAAAGUUCGAAAAAAAAUUCUUCCGAGAAAUAUUGCCAUAUAAUAAACUCUCAAACAAUUUCUGCCAUUUAGCGCGAGUAAAAAAAUCGAUGGAACGUCAACGCUUUAUUUUCAUUCGAGUGUUAAUUAAAUUCCCGUUUGUCUCGCUCUGCACAAUCUCUUGUUUCAUUUUCCGCUCGUUCUAUAUUCGUUCAAACGUUAAGUUUUCUUUAAGAGAAAGCGAAAUUUGAUGUGCUUUUUUCCUCAUCAAACGGUCCGACGUGCAUUAAUAAUGUAAUAAUAAAUGAAACCUGAUAAAUGAAAUCCGCCUGAUUUUUAAUUAUCACUGCCAAAGAUUCUAAAGCCAUCGGUAUAGAAAAAUCGAUAAAGUACAAACAAACGUUUUUGUCGAGCGAAAUUCGUUUCACGGAGAGAAUUUUUUUGUGGUGUUUUCUUCUUUUUUUAGUAACUAAUAUAUAUAAAUAAUAAUAACACUUUAUCACAUAUAAAACAGUGUAUGAAAAUCUGUUUGAAAGUUUUUUGCAACAAGAAUUUGCGUGCGUGUAUUUUCUGUUGUAUCGUAUACAUGUACAUCCUAAUAAGAUUGGACUAGCGCGCGAGGCACUCUCUUCCUCUCUUCCUCUCUCUCUCUCUCUCUUUCUCUUCUGUUAUCAUUUGCUGAAAAAUAUGCUAAUGUGGGAAAAAUUUUUGCGGAAAAAAAUUCUCCUCCGUGUUCGAGAUUCGCUCGGGCUCCUGAUCUCCAUUUCGCUAGUGACCGUUUUGCGGCCCCGUUUCGUCUUCCACACGAUACUUUUUUAUCUUUCUGUCGCGGCCCAGGAUACCGGCAAGCUAAAUGUGCGCUCGACUAUUGCAAAUUGGCGCGGCUUAAUUCGGUCGGUGCACUUUUACGAUUAGAUGAGCCGACGUAUACUGUAGCCCGUACGCAAAAGCGAAGGGCAACGACAAUAAAUACGGUAUAGUGAAAUCCCGUCAGAUCGAAGAUUCAUUUGGCUUAAAAGCUCGCUAGAAAAAUCGCCGGGCGAUUUUUUAAAUUUAUUUCUCUUCCUCUCUGUUGUUUCUUUCUCACAGACUCUUUUGAUGAUUGUUUCAAUUUGUCGUUACAUAUUUAUGACGACAAGCGCGUUGUCGUUAAGUUGCUCGUCAAGUACUUAAUAAUUGUGCAAUUUGGAGGCAAAUUCGACACGAAAACUUGCCAACGCUGUAUUAUUGCAUGUACAAAACUUGAUUGUUUUUCUUGUGUUUUA